GUACGUGGAGAUCAGAUCAAACCACAAUGAAAAUCGCCAUUGUAGUAGCAUCUCUCUUGGCUCUUGCCAGUGCGGCCCCGAAGCCGUUCGUCGUUGGCGGCGAGGAUGCUGCGAGGGACGAGUUCCCAUACCAGAUCUCCUUGCAAUGGGGCGUUUUGGGAAUCUUCCAGCACGUCUGCGGUGGUUCCAUCAUCGCUCCCCAAUGGGUUUUGACCGCUGGUCACUGCGUCACCGAACUCCCGUUCCCAGGAGACAUGAAGAUCCAUGCCGGAAUCUUGAAGCUCAACGAUAACGUCGAAAGUCGUCAAACCAUCAAAGUUGUCGAUCGCAUCGUCCAUCCCGACUACGCAGGUGGCGUCAACCCCAACGAUGUCGCUCUGCUGAAGCUCGCGGAACCUUUGGAAUUCAACGAUUCCGUUCAGCCGAUCGCUCUUCCAGCUGCUGGUGAUAUCCCGAGCGGAGAUUCCGUUCUCUCUGGAUGGGGAUCCACCUCCUCCGGUCAAAUCCCAAGCAUGCCCAACAACUUGCAGAAGAUCGACCUUCCACUGCUCUCCAACGAAGAAUGCGCUAAUGCCCUGUCCGCUAUUAUGGGAACCUCUGAGCCAUUGAACCAAGACAACGUCUGCACUGGACCUUUGGACGGUGGAAAGUCUGCUUGCAGCGGAGACUCCGGCGGUCCACUUGCUCAAGACGGCAAGGUCAUCGGUAUCGUCUCCUGGGGAAUCAUGCCUUGCGGAUCUACCGGCGCUCCAUCCGUCUACACCCAAGUCAGCAGCUUCGUUGAUUUCAUCAACAAACACGUUUCCGCUUAAUUGACAACAUGUUUUUUUUUUGAAUAUUUGAUUUAAAUAUAUGAAAAGCAACAACA